GCGCAUGCGCAGAGCGGCGCGGGGAGAGCGGCGGCGGGGGGUGCUGCUGAGCCCCGGACAGCUGGAGGGGUAAACAGGGCAGGGGGCGGGGGGCACGGCCGGGCCUAGGCCGGCCCGCACCUUAGGGCCCUGCCCGAGCCCCGGGGACGGCGCCCGGUGACUGCGGGGCCCUUGUGAUUUCCCCGCUCUUCUCGGUCCCGCUCUCCCCCCCGCAUGGAUGGAGCCUCGCAACUUCCAGUGCCCGCUGCGCCCGGGAGGCCUGACAGGUAAUUAAACGCCCUUGGUGUGGAUCUUCGCUCUGGUGGCAUGCUUGGAUGCACAGCAGCUCUUCCGAUAGCUUCUCAUCUGCCCCAUUGCCAGAAGAUGGCGAAAGCCAACAUUACCAGAGACAUCAUCCACAGACAGAUCAAGGAGAGGGGUGCGCUGGGCUUCGAGCGACACUAUCACGUCACCGAUCCCUUCAUUCGACGCCUGGGCCUGGAAGCAGAAUUGCAAGGUCACUCUGGGUGUGUCAACUGUCUAGAGUGGAAUGAAAAAGGAGACUUGUUGGCCUCUGGCUCUGAUGACCAGCAUACCAUUGUCUGGGAUCCUCUGCACCACAAGAAACUCCUUUCUAUGCACACGGGACAUACUGCGAACAUCUUUUCCGUCAAGUUCUUGCCGCAUUCAGGGGAUCGGAUCCUCAUCACGGGAGCUGCAGAUUCCAAAGUGCACGUCCAUGACUUGACUGUCAAGGAGACCAUCCACAUGUUUGGAGAUCACACCAACAGAGUUAAGCGGAUUGCCACGGCUCCCAUGUGGCCUAACACCUUCUGGAGUGCAGCAGAAGACGGGCUAAUCAGACAGUACGACCUGCGGGAGAACAGCAAACGUUCGGAAGUCCUGAUAGACCUGACCGAGUACUGCGGGCAGCUGGUGGAGGCCAAAUGCCUGACGGUCAACCCCCAGGAUAACAACUACUUAGCAGUAGGGGCGAGCGGCCCCUUUGUGCGGCUCUACGACAUACGCAUGAUCCACAACCACCGAAAAAGCAUGAAGCAGAGUCCUUCAGCCGGAGUUCACACGUUCUGCGACCGACAGAAGCCCCUCCCGGAUGGAGCGGCGCAGUACUACGUGGCAGGGCACCUUCCCGUGAAGCUUCCAGACUACAACAACCGGCUGAGGGUCCUGGUGGCCACGUACGUCACCUUCAGUCCUGAUGGCACCGAGCUUUUGGUCAACAUGGGAGGGGAGCAGGUCUAUUUGUUUGAUCUAACGUACAAACAGCGACCAUACACUUUUCUCCUCCCGAAGAAGUGCCAUACUUCAGGGGAAGUGCAGAAUGGAAAAACCUCUACCAACGGCGUGUCGAACGGCAUCCAUCUGCACAGCAACGGCUUCCGCUUGUCUGAAGGCAGAGCACACGUGAGUCCCCAAGUGGAGUUACCUCCCUACCUGGAGAGGAUCAAGCAGCAAGCCAACGAGGCCUUUGCCUGCCAGCUGUGGACACAAGCCAUCCAGCUCUACAGCAAAGCAGUGCAGAAGGCCCCCAACAACGCCAUGCUGUACGGAAACAGGGCCGCUGCCUACAUGAAGCGCAAGUGGGAUGGGGACCAUUACGAUGCGUUAAGAGACUGCUUGAAGGCCAUAUCCCUGAAUCCGUGCCACCUGAAGGCCCAUUUCCGUCUCGCCCGCUGUCUCUUUGAACUCAAGUACGUGGCAGAAGCGCUGGAGUGUCUGGAUGACUUUAAAGGGAAGUUCCCGGAACAAGCACACAGCAGCGCCUGCGACGCGCUGGACAGGGACAUCAACGCAGCCCUCUUCUCCAAGAGUGAUAACGCUGAAGACAAGAAAGGAGGUGGUCCCAUCCGGCUGCGAGCCACGGGCCGCAAGGACUCCAUCUCAGAGGAUGAGAUGGUGCUGAGGGAGCGCAGCUACGACUACAAAUUCCGAUAUUGUGGCCACUGUAACACUACUACAGACAUCAAAGAGGCCAAUUUCUUUGGCAGCAAUGCACAGUACAUAGUCAGUGGCUCAGAUGACGGCUCCUUCUUCAUCUGGGAGAAAGAAACCACCAACCUCGUUAGAGUGCUGCAGGGAGACGAGUCGAUUGUGAAUUGUCUCCAGCCUCAUCCCAGUUACUGCUUCCUGGCUACCAGCGGCAUCGACCCGGUUGUACGACUGUGGAACCCGAGGCCAGAGAGUGAAACUCUCAAUGGCCGCGUGGUAGUAGACAUGGAAGGUGCUUCCCAAGCCAACCAGAGGCGGAUGAAUGCCGACCCGCUGGAGGUGAUGUUGCUCAACAUGGGGUACCGGAUUACAGGACUGACCAGUGGCGGGGCUGGAGGCUCAGAUGAUGAAGACAGCUCAGAGGGGCAAGUCCAGUGCCGGCCCAGCUAAAACAGAACUGCCUCUCCUUCCUCUAGUUGUUUGGCUGAAAGGGAACCUAGUUUCCUUGGUCCUGAACUUUCUCUGACGAAUGACUGCACUGUUUCGCACUAUGCACAGAGUAGGACAAGCUGGCAGGGGCAGGAGCAGCCGUCUCUUUAAACCAUCGCCACCACCUCCUCCUCCUCCCGUCAGGCUACUGAGCAGCGUGGCAGUGCAGUCCGGGUUUGCCUUUAGUGGAGUUUAGUCCCAACGGGGGUCUUUGAGUUGUCUGUGAGCAGUGUAAGCUGGCGGUGUAUUUUUCCAGAGCUGCUGUGUGAUCUGGUAGAGGAGGAUGUUGCCCGCAUUCAUGCAUUCGCAGACGGGAUGUUAAAUUCCUGAAUAAAAUACAAACCUAGGGCAGGGGUUACGGAAUGAAUUUACUGCAGUGAUCUUGGUCUUGAAAGCUUCACUCUGCUUUUGUGCUACCAGCCCGUCUAGAGGCCCCUGCUUUAGGGUUGUUGGCCACGAAAUACCUAUUUUGUCCCAUAACAUUUUUCUUUCUGGCUUCCAUCCCCAACACGUUGUCACCAGAUGUGGCUGUGUUGUUUUAAGGACUGGAUCUUGCCUGUCUUGUCCCUGGGCAUCUGUCUUAGUUGAUGACUCAGGAAAGGCGCUGAGUGUGUGCAGCUCAACAGGGCAGGAGGUGCUUGCCCAGCUCUGAUACUUUUUCCUGUGGUCUGUGAACCCGUGGAGAGAGGUGACAGCAGCGGGAGCAGCUUUGAUCAGCAGCCUGGGACACGCGUAGCUAAAGCUGCUGAGGAAAGGGGCUGGUAACAACACUCAUUCAGACCUUCUCUCUCUGUUGCCUGAACUGUGUGUGGCUGUAUUCACCUUCUCCCCUCCAUGUCACCUGUGCAGGAGCUGGGAACAUUGUCACCGUGUCCAUGUUGUAGCUGAAGUUUGGAGCUUUUAGCAGCGUUUUUGCGCGGUGAGCCGCUCUGUCUCACCAAGGCGGGCCUCCCCCGCCUCGCUGGUGUAACGGCCCAUGGAUUAGUGGUCCUCUCAGGAACCCUCCUUCCUCUUCCCACUCUCCACACGCCGACUCUGGCUGCAAAGCCAGGAACACACCUAGAAAUGCAGCACUGUUCUUCCGUUCCUCCCCCCUCAUGGAACACACAGCUUUGUUUCUCCCUCUUGCAGUUGCCAAACACUAACUAUCAAAUAGAUCUCAUGCAGCUGUGCUACAACCGAAUCUGAAGAGGUUGUUUUUUUUCUAGUACUAUCAACUAAGACCAAAGAGCCCCUGGAGAUCUUAACUGCUCCGCGCUCUCUCGUAUCUCUUACUGCCGAAGGUCUGAACAUGCUGGCCUGGUCCCAGGGGUGCGAGGUGUGUGUCUGGGAGCGCGUGUUUGCUGCGUUAGGGCUGUUCUUCCGUGUGCUGCAAUCCCUGGUCUUCCUGCUGUGGAAGGAUGAGAGGCCUCCCCUUUCCUCCUCUGGCUGCCAGGUGCCGAUGAGAGAGACUGCGCAGUGGUAACCGGCUUCCUCUCCCUUCCAGAACAGUCUUUUUGAGAUGAACAAGCCUUGUGCGGCAGGGAGAGAGGUCAGAGUCUCGUAGCCGGCAGCAUCUCUCCAAGGACACUGUUCCCUGCAUGGAGGGAUUCCUCGUGCCCCCCUUGUCAUCACGGUGGAGCUAAGUGGGACCUGGUCUCUGCCCCUCAGACUAAGAUGUCCAUCUGCUCUUUCAUGUCUGCAUAAAACCGAGCCUUAGCAAACCCCAGUCUUGUGGGAGCGCGUCCCUCAGUGCCCAGAGCGCCUGGCUGGGCUGGCAGGCCGUCCGUCCGUCCAUCCCCUGCGGAAGCAGAGCUCUGCUGGCGCGGUUGUCACUUGGCUGCCAAGGCCGCCUUGCCGUGUUUCACGCCGUACCAGCACGGUAGACGCGACUCCUUCCUCAGUUUCCCUUUUGGUUGCGUACAAGCUCCCCCAACCCCUGUGUACCCCAACACUCAAAGCUCUUCAAAACCUGGAGGCAGCAGCAAACUCUUCUCACUUGGGUGGCUUUUUGACAUUUUUCUGCUUUAGGUUUUCCUACUAGACACAUUCUCUUUCUUUUUCCCCCCCUUCUCCUCCCACUCAAACUUCUUUUUCAGCUUUCAGUAGACAAUGUCUGCAGCCUUUGAUUUUUAAGCCGAGACUGAGACGGAAAGCUCUGAAGAGAACAGACCUCUCCCUCCCCAUUCACCUUUUGCUGUGGCAGCUAUUUUCUGUUGUUUUUACCCUUGCGAGACGGUGCGGCUCGUUUACCUGCCGGUUGCAGUGCGGAAGCUCCGAGGUUCCCUGCCUCUGCAGUGGAUUGUUGGGUUUUUAAUGGCUGCUUAGGCUAAAAAAGAGAAAUAAUAAUGGGAGAGAAGGGGAGAGAAAAGUCUUUCUGCCUCUAGCCCCCUGUUCCCUUGUCGUGGGCAGAUUACCCGCUUUGUCGCUUGUUAACGAGACAUUUGUAUUUAUUGGUGAAGGAAAAAACAUGCUGGGGAAGUAGGGAGAAGAUGUUGCUUUAUUGACCUCUGCUGUUUACUUCAACCCCCUCUUUGGGAAAGCUUCUUCCUGCUCUUUCUGGUUAACUCUUUCUAGCCUGGGAUAUGCAGGGACACCUCCUUUAUUUUUGUAUUCUAGCAAUGGGCUCUCCGUUAGGAGACUCUAGGACUCUCUUAGUGUUGCGAUGACCAUUGCUUCUCGCUUUUCCGAGUACUAAAAGAUGAUCAUCUCGUAAACUUUGCCCCUGCAGUUGUAGAGGUAACACACAAGCCUUACUGCCCUCGUUAGAAGGAGCAGAAAACUUGUUUCUCUGGUCCCUGGAAGAGAAAGGGUUAAGCAAUUAAACAAUUCUUUGUUCUA